AGAAUUACUCCUCUCGUGUGUUGGUGACAGACUUACCUCUGUAAUUCUUACGCCCAGAGAGAGAGAGAGAGAGAGAUGGCAACAGAGGAGAAGAGGAUCAAACAUUUCAGCCACAAGCAUAUGUUGGAAGUCAGUAGUUGGGAGCGUGACUGUCGAAUGUGCAACCAGGACAUCCCUGACGAUCCCAUCUAUUAUUGUCCAAUAGGCUGCCUCUUUACCAUCCACAAAUCAUGCUCUUCAACAAUCCAACAAUCUCUUCACCACCACCCCUUCCACCCUCAUCACUCUCUCUUCCUCUCCGACGACAUUCAUCCCCAUUCUCUUUGCAAUGCUUGUGGCUCCCACUCUGUUAACAUGUCUGCAUACACAUGUUUCGACUGUUCCUUUACCCUUCACGUUGUCUGCGCUUCUCUAACCCCCACCACCAAAACCAUCCAAUCUCAGAUUCAGCUCCAACCCACUCACCCCCAUCCCCUAAUUUCAUGUGAUCUCAACAACAACAACAACUGUAAGUAUACAUAUACUUGCAGUUGUUGUCCUCAACCUUUUGAUGAUGAGCGUUCUGUGGUCCAUGUAUGCCUCGAGUGCAAGGGUUUACUGCACAAAACAUGUGCUCAAUUGCCGAGAAAGAUCGAUCACCCUUUUCACCCCUCUCAUCCUCUCUUCCUCCUCCCUCGGAAACCUCGCUUUUUCGGAUACACUUGCGGGGCUUGCAGCCAGUAUAAAGACAGCUUUAUCUAUCAUUGUUCCGACUGUGAAUUUUACCUUGACAUAGCUUGUGCUUCUCUCAGCCCUAACCCUGCUGAAAACAAUGAAUUCGGUCAGAUUCGCCGAUUUAGCCAUUCCCAUCCAUUGAUUUUAUGUGAUAACAAACAGAAAUUUGAAAUUUGUUGCUAUGCAUGUGAGAUUCCUUUGGGGGAUUCAAUUUGUUUUUGCGCCCAAUGCAAGGUUUUAUUGCACGAAUCAUGUGCUGAUUUGCCCCACGAAAUGAAGCACAUGUUUCACCCAAUGCACGCUCUCACCCUCCGCUACCAUCGGUAUGGUAAAUGCGAGGCUUGUUUACGUCAUUCAUCUGGUUGUUUCUACGAAUGUUCCCAGUGUCACUGGUACAUGGAUGUUAGAUGUGCUUUGUCAAAGCCCAAAACCAUGAUGUCUAAAAUUCACCCACACCCUCUUGCUUUGUUUAACAAGCCAAAUUAUGAUAUACUAUGCACUACUUGUCGCCAGUUCUGCGUUACCCCUUUCUUCCGUUGUGUGCUGUGCCAUUUUGAUCUCCAUAUCUAUUGUAUUUCAAUAUUACCACCCACACUCAAGUACUUCAAUCAUGUCCAUACCCUCACUCUCACCCGUUCUCCAAUUAAAGACUAUCCUGAUGAAGAUGAUGAUGCAGAGUUUUACUGUGACGCUUGCGAAGAAAGAAGAGUGCUGGCCCACCCAACUUAUUAUUGUAAAGAUUGCCAUUAUGUUGCUCAUUGUCAUUGCACCGUAUCUGAGAUCAUUCAUAUUCUAGAGGAAGAGUGGUCAGAGCAAGAGAGCAAUAGAGGUGCAGAGCAAGUUGAGGAGCCAACUUCACUGACAUUAAAACAAUUUUUAGAUUCAUUCAAUGGGGAUGAGAACAAGGAAGUACAAGGUGUUUUUGAUGCCUAUAGGAGGGACAGCCAAGGUGAUAGUAGUGACAAUCCAAAAGAUUCCUUGUAUUUAGAUGAGGCCACUACUGAGAUUAUGAAAAUACUUGUUUCAAAAAAUCAAGUCACAAUGCCUUGGGAAAAUUGGAAUUCCACAUCAAAGCUUAUCAAGGUCGAUGACUAUAUGAUCCUUGAGAACUUGGCACCCAUCUUAGGAACCUUGUUUGGGAAAUAUGGGGACUUCAGUGGCAUGUCCAAUUUGAGUCCAAAGGCAAAGAUGUUAUACAUAAUGACAGUAUGUGAUGCUGUAAACAGCAUGUUGAGUACCAAGGUCAAGAACAUUACCAAAAAUGUACUAUUGAGUUGGUUUCACUGCUUCAUGCUUGGCCACUUUGCUGGCUUUGAAAUUCAAUUUGCCUCUGGUCGUUUGACGAGAGUGGUGCGUUCUCACUUUGGUCUCCAAGCUGAUGUUUCUACAGACCUCACCCUUGCCAAAUUGGAUGAAGAGAUUGGAGAGCAACGUGCACUGUUAGAUUCUAAAGAGAUCAUCGCUUCCGAACAAGAUAGGGAGAUUGAUAAGCUCCGGGAGAGGAUAGCUUCUAUGCAGUUCACUAGCACCAAAGUACAUAAAGAGAUUGCAGAACUUAAUAAGAAGAUAAAGACACUAGAGGAGAAGCGUGCAAUAUCUAGGUUCACAGAGGAGUGCCUCAGUGAUGCUCUGGAGCUAGAGGGACAGACAGCAGGUGUGGGCCUGUUGUGAUGUGCAGUGAAAGAUCUACAAACGGCUAGCUUGUUUGUUGCUAUGUUACUACAAACAUGUUGGUAUCAAUUUAUUACAAGCACAUUAAUAUGUCUAUGUAGGCAGGAUCUUGUGCUCUUUGGCUCGUGGUGUGGAUUUGGAUCACCUUACAUUUGAUAGGUCACAGCUCUCUCGCUCUCUCUCGCUCUCUUUCUCUUUCUGAGGUUGCUCUCUCUCUGUCCGGCCCUCAUUGUGGCCGCUACAACCGCAACGCCCACCGUUCCAUCGCUUGUGUCCACCUUGUUUCACGUCCGACAUCUUGACUGCCACCAGAGCUCUACCUUUUUCCUCCUUUGCCAUCAUGAUCGCCACCGCAGCACGAAGACCAGAGGGAAACACCCCUAGCCUGUAACCCACUCAAGGCUUUUCUUUAGAUUGCUGAUUGGUAAAUGUCAUAUACCAAAGUCCGUGACUUGCCUAUAUAUAUCAAUGAAAGUGACAAGUUAGUACAAAGAAUAUCUUCUGCAAAGGUGUUGAUGGUGUGCUAGCACCAUGAUGAUGGUCAUGGAGACGUAAGAGCAAGAAGCUCUUUCUAUUUUUAUUUUUAUUAUGUGUGGACUAGGGCCUUAUUUUGGUGUUUGACUGAAAGCCUUUGUUGCGGAUAGGGCUAUGCCCAUUUUGUGCAUAAGUUUGUAGGGAAUUUUAAUUGAACAAAGAGAUGUGUACUUAAUGACAUGUUUCACAUGUUUUAUACUCAUGCCAUAUAGUGAUUAAAUGUAGGAUGCAUGUGAUCCUUGUAACUUCAUGAAGUAGAAUGAAUUCUUGAUUAAGGGAUUGGCAUUUAAUUUCAAAUGGUUCAUUCCUUUUCGAAUGAACCAUUUGGCCCUUGAAUUUUAUUCAAUUUCUUCACUAAUGUUAUUAAUUGGAUUAAUUGGCAUAAUGUGAAAAAAUAAAGGUCAAUUAACGGAAUUGAAAUUGCAUGAAACUAAAACUGGUAGUGUACUUUGCUUAUAGGCCUAUUUUGACUGACUCUAAAAUUUUGGGCGCUUAUAGGCCUCCCAGGAAAUGAUAAUACUUCCAUCCUUAGAAUAUUGUACUUUGCUUAAAGUUACUGUUAUACCCUAUUUCAGCAAAAAAAAAACCGACUUUUGCAAAAAUGACCAAAAUAACCCUAUACUCAUUUUUCAGCCAAAAAUCAAUUUUUUGACCCCAAGAGAUAAGGGAAGCAUGAUUGCACUUGGAUUGAUGAUAUUUUCUAAAAUUACUGACUGAUUUUAUCAAAAACAUUGAUCCAAAGGGCAAUUUGAGCUUGCUUGGGCCAAAAGUCCACACCUAGCCAUGCAAACCCGCACCUAACCUGCAAAGUUGAUGCUUGGGUCCCUUACACGUGCAUGGUGUGGCCACAACUAGAUUGUGUGGCCGCACCUUCCCCGACAGACAAAAAUGGAAACUUUGCAAGGAUAGCAAUGCAGAAUUGAAAAGAGAUGCUAGGGAGAAAGCAAAUGGCUAACCCUAGCAGCCUCCCUUGGCUUCCUCCCCAAGCUAGGAAUGCCUAUAAAAGCACCUCUCUCUCUCCCCU